GUCUGUCCAUCGAAGCAGACCUAGGGUUUGGGGCAGGGGAAACCCAAAAGCUCUCCUUCCUCCUCCGCUCCUCAAGUCCUCAUUCCACUGAUCCAAAACAUCUUGCGAGCGCAGUCGCCCUUUUUGCCGACUGAUCCAAAACAUCUUCUUCCUCCUCUUCUGAUUUGGAGUAAUCCACAGCAGUGGUCGCCUCUCACGAGUUCGUCCAUUUUCUUCCUUCCCUGCCGUCUGUCCAUCGAAGCAGACCUAGGGUUUGGAGCAGGGGAACUUGUCGAGGCAACUCAUUGAAACGUCGGUCAACAUCUUGUUUCUAACUCUCCUUCCUCUUCUGUAGCUUCAAAUUAUUUGGAUUCCUCAAUCUCUUGGGUGUUGCAAUUUUGUGUGUUGAGUGAAGUGAUAUGUCGAAGGCGAUGUUUUUCCGAUCAGAUCUGAUCUGAAUUAAUUAUACUUUCUUUUUAUUUAUAUCUUUGGUAGUGUUUGAUGUGUGAUUUUGCUUCAUUUAGGGUCUGGAAGUUGUGCGGGGAUUGUUUGACAUAUCUAGGUGAGAUCCCACUUGUAGGCGUGAAGACCAAGACUUUUGAGAUGAUUUUGAAAAGUGUUUAUGUUAUCAUCAUUAUCAAACCGUGGUUGCCCAACAAUUCGAGUAUACUUGUCAAAAUCAGACGAACUUGAAUCAUCAUCCAGUGAUAUAAGCAAGCUUGUUGUGGUUAAAGAGGCAUGGUCACCAUUUAAUCUUGCAUCAGGCAGCGAAGAGGGAGCUGCUAAAGACUCGUGCUAUUCGUUUGACCCAUUGAGGUUCUCUAACUUGAUAGAUGGCAUGGCUGAAGCGGUUAAAAACUUGAACUUUGAUUUGGCGGUCAAGCCUGUACAAAAUUCACUGGCAUUUCAAUAUCUUGUAAACGUCCUAGAGGUUGAUCUAUUACUUCGUCUUAAUUUAUACAAAGAAACACUAAACUGGUCACUUCUUAGGGAAUCAGUAAUGAAUCUUCUACUGGUAUAUUCUCUACCUACAAAUUUCAAAGGAAGAUCUAUUUGAAUUUCACUAAUGCUCAAAACUAUGAAUUGUUGUUCCAAUUCUCUAUUUUGAAGACUCUUGGUUCUUAGUUAGCAUCAGUGUUAAUAUACUUAUUACAGCUUGAA